AGAGUUCAGCUGCACGUGUGACUUCAGUGUGCAGACUAUUGUUGAAAUACCAGAUUGUCAUUCACUACUGCAGCUCCUCUGCAGUCGAUUUCCAUAAGGAAAGAACCGCCAAGAUGUCCUCCCUCGAAGCGAAAGGCGGGCCAUCAUGGAGGAACACACUCGAAAAACACGACGCAGAUAAAACAAGGACCAGAGCAGCACUGUUCCUCUUUCCCCAGACUGGAAAACACCCCCUUCUGCCGCAACCUGGAUUCUCAUGAAGAGGUUUACGUUUGGCGGAAUCCCAACAGGGACGGGAAAAUGCCGACCUACAACAGAGUCCACCGAGCUGGCUUGCCUCAGCCCCAGUGAGGGACGAGAGAUCAUCCAAGAGGGGCCCCUCUUCCACUGCAAACUGAAUCGAUGGGAGAAAAGGCCCUCUAGUGUGUAAAUCCUUGCUACAGCCAAUAACAGGGACUCCUAUAACCACAAAAACCAAACCAUCAACUCUAGACCACGGGAGAACCACAUUCUACUGUGUAACUUCCUGUUACACGCUACAACUGCGACUCCUAUGUUCUAAAACUCACCUUCGCCGUGUCCCUGAAGUCACCUCAUGCAACCUUCCCAUGCACCGGCAACUGAGGAAACAACAGUGACCGCCAGAAUCCACCAGGAAAUAGUCUUGUAGGCGUGAAGCACAUUUGCCACCCUUACAAGGGCCUCCAGCGUAACAGCUAGUUUUACGAAAGGACAUGCAGCAAAACUUCCCGCGGGAAAGUUCUCGGGUUCAGGCCCUAAUGAAGUACACUUGACACCUUCAGGCUCUCUGCCUUCCGUGAGUGUGUAUUUGGAAGAGAGAACUUUCUUUUCAGUCAGGUUCAUCCCGAAACCUAUUGCUCACCGUGUUGUUCAUGGCGCGAGUUAGCGCUUUGUACCCGGGGACAUCGCAGCACCACCUGUUCUGCAGGAUAUGUGCAGUCAACUUGCGUCGGUGUCUCUGUCAUCGCCAUCUGUUAAAUACGGAAUCUAACCUGACAUGAACCAUUCUCUUCGCCAACCCAUGAAAUUAAACACCUUGGAUAGUGCUUAACUACGACAGUGGUAUUAGGUUCAGCGGUGUGGAGCUGAGUUCUGGAACAACGGCACCAAAGCUGCAGCAGAAGAGUAGGCCGCUCCGAAAUCUGACGACCGCGACAAAGGUAUCACGCUUUGUUUGGUAACGUGCGAUGGCCACGGACGCAUAAGGUCUUUUCACAGGGUUCUCUUAAGGAGUUGCUCCCCGGGAAACAGCUCACCCUCAGUUUCGUAUCCUGUGAGCGCGUGUCACCGAAACUCUGAAAGUUCGGACAAAUCCGCGAGACGCAUCAGUUGUGGAAAACCCUGUCGCGCAAAUGUACAUAGAUGGGGCCAAGACAUCACAAUCACAUGCUGAGACUGACUGCACAUCUGUAUCCAUUGACUAAUAUGCCCCAGCACUGAGCGUCCUACGCCCUGCAGAAGAAUCCCUGUUCUACGUCAAUACGUCGGGGCCAGAAAAACCACUCUUGUAGGCCUUCUUGGUAGUAAAAGCCUUCGAAGUCGCGUUCAGUAUACCAUUCCCUGUUAAGUCCGUGUUGAUGGCUGAAGGAGAGGGGGGGACAAGACCCUUUAUUCACCCUUGCCGGGAGUUGCUUCCGGUUCAAUAGCUUGGCGCCACAGAGUUGAGGGCAGGCCGGCAAGUUCGCUAGGAGAUUCCCUGUGGAAUUCCGAUCCUUUUAGCUGUUCGCAUGUCAACGGGUACAUGUUCUGGGCUGUCGGAUCCCUGUGAAUGAGGGUGCAGUACGAACAACGGCGAAAUCGCAGGAUGGGUGGCAGUGUUGAGUUACAUCGAAGUCUGGAAGGAUCAACCGGUUGGACCACGUUGACGCCCGGAUCGCUGCCGCCACCCCACCACAUGGUGUCGAAUUUCGAAAAGCCAGUUCCACAUGAACGAAAUAGUUCUCUAAAUACUCACAAAGGAACUAACUACCCUGCUUCACGAAAACGUUCCAGAGAACGAAAGCGCGACCGAAUGAAGUAACGGCGGGCGGGCGCUACGCUACGGCCAGCGAAGCUGGCACGUUCACCCACUCCCACGCUAGACGAGCGGAGCUGUACUCCUGUUUGCGCAACGACUGUAUACGGAGGAGCCAGCGGUUUCAUUGUGCCGUCGUCGACGCAACCGGCUUACGUUUAAAAGGGCAUGCGCGUCUCGGGUGAACCAGCCAUUCCUUUCACUACAUAAUACACAUCUCCCUCCCGCAGAUAUACUGCGUUCCAAACAUAAAAACAUAUGCAGAAGCAGAUGCUGUGAGCGUCAACAGAGGGGCCAUGGUCGGCUCCCUCACUGAAUUGACUGUAGUUCCAGAAACUGUAUUUCGCGACGGACACUUGCGCGAAUAGCGGUGUGCAUCGCACACAACACCGAAGAGGCGCCGGUCAACAGGAAGUUAGUGGCGCGUUGCGUAGUAAUCCUUGUUUAGUUAAACCGUACGGAGCAAACUGCUUUCGUAACAACAGAGCCUGUGUUCUCUCCUGACGCCACAGUGUAGGGCAUUUCUUGUGCCCACGUGAAUCGACACGUCGUGAUGUGACAGCCGUCAAUCCACGUUUGGAUCUGCACGCUGACGUGAGUGUUGCACCUGAGGAUAGCCUCUAAGCAUGUCCAGCACCUUUGAAAUGAAUGCCGAAUAGAGAGAGUCCGCUCCGGAACCUUUGGAAAAAACGUAUGUGCGAGCUUUACCAGUGAACACUUUGGCGCAUUUUGCGGGACCCACUGAAUGCAGAGAACAGAGUGGCAGUGCUGUGCUGGCCAGUUGGCUGCACACUGCAUCCUGUUGGUAGGAAUGUACAUUCUCUGGCUGUUUGCUUGUAUUCUUUGCUUCUCUGAGUUCGGCCUCGAUAGGGCGGUCCCGCCCCUUCCAACUGAGGUUCCGGAGAACAGAAGACCAAAGAAGUCGGUUCCGCUGGGUGAGCGCGCAUUCCAACUUCACUAAUUCAGGCGAAGUGCAUUCGCUUCAAGCUGUGUGCCCGUCUAGCUUUGCCUGCAUCGAUUGCUCAAUAACGCGGAGUGAACCGUGUAGACGCACUCUUAGGCCACGCGUUCCCCGUUUGGUUCAGCGUUACAGCUCAUAGCGCUGGUGGAAAUCAAGAAGUCAAAGCGCUUCAGCAAUUUGAAACCCGGAUCUGUGGGCAUUGCAACACAUCAGGUAAAGAAUCGGAGUCGUAUUCAGUAUCCUAGGUACUAUACUGUCACUGUUUAUCUGACCUGAGUUAUACCAGUGUGAGCGAGUCAGGUACAGACAACCAAGUUCCUUGCGACUGCGGUACACCACCACCCUACUGGACUGGUUAAGACAGCUGACGGUGGUGGAUGUCAAUGCGCUACCCGCAUAUGAGACAGCUUCAAUACCGAGUGCUGGAGGAUUGGCUGUUGAUUGUUUAAGCCCAUUGUUUCAUUCGCUAGUCCACACUGAAAUCAAACAUCCCCAGAGAUCCAUCAAAACUGGGGGGGACAGUCUAGCACCCCCUGUCGUCGACUGCCGACAGCGGAACAAUGGGGACAGAAAAAAUUGAGAAUACCAGCAGUCUCGUGUAUCACUCACGCGCACUGACUAGAAUCGGGAUUCCGUCGUCCGCGAGGCUGCUCCAAAACAAUAUUUCCCGGUCGGCCAUACACCAGUAGUAAAAACUCUUAUUCCUAGAGUCAGGCACUCUGUCAGUUAUACACACUUUUCUCGCAGACUUAGCGUUUGUUGAAGGUAUGAGUCAACCAUGUCACGACAUAGCGGGUCGUACAUCGAACACUACCGGACGCUGGGGGCUGGUCGAUCGAUCUAGGGAACACACAAAUCGCCCCUUUUCUUAAUGCGGAAACAAAAUGAGCAAUCAAAAGAACGGUGUAGGAGAGCCGUAUUUAUUACAGAAGUACAGCUUCUCUCUCCAGGCGCGGGGAUCAAUGGCCCCCGUGCACCGAGCAUGCUCGAUUCAGUUAUCGAUGCAGCAGCUCUAGAUCACGAUUCCAGCCCACACGAAACGCCCGUUUCAUUAUUAUCGUUCUACUAUUAGCUCUGCAUGAAUUGAAAGUUUACUCCUUUCCAGCGCACAACACACGUUUUUUCUCAAUUGUUUACUUUCCUUUCGUGUCGUACCAAAUUUUGCGCUUUUGGCCCUAUUUCCCAUCUUCACAAAUCCAGAAAAAUGAAGCUCGUUUUUCCUGCCGUUUGCGUCGUGGCUCUGUCGUCGGAGACGUUGCUCAAACUAGCGUUGGGGAACCCUGGAGUGCCUCCUGUGCCAUCAUGCCCACCGGGUUUUUCGUUGGAACAAAGAGGAUGCGUGAGGUCCAGACAAGUUCCACCCAUUAUGCGGUGCGCGAAAAAGUCGGUUUUGGCGGGAAACGAAUGCGUGACAACUGAGUUUGCUCCCAGCAUCGAGGUCUGCCCUGAGGGCUUCAUCGAGAAGAACCGCAAGUGCCGGAGAGUCGUAAACGCCCAACCGCAGCUGGGCUGUAAACCGGGGUUUACCCUUCAGAACGGCGGCGACUGCAUCCGAGUCACAGAAGACGACAUUAUCACGCGAUGCCCCCCUAAGAGCAAGCACACAAGCAAGGGAUGUGUGACCGUGGAGAAACUCGAUGUCGUUCCCAGCUGUCCACGAGGCUACGAGCUAAAGAAGAAUGCGUGUAUCAUGACUCAGAAUAUCGAACCAGUGCCUUCUUGUCCUCAAGGAUUCGCCUUCGAAAGUGGCGCGUGCGUCCGCACGGGUGCAGUGCCGCCUAGAGUCUCGUGCCCUAGAGGGUACAAACGACAAGACAACGGAUGUGUACUCUUCGAGAAGCACGACCUCGAAGCCUUCUGCCGGGAUGGGGAAUAUGACGGGAAAAAACACUGCCGGAAAACUACGACGCAGCCAGCGCUUCCGCACUGCCCUGCUGGGUUCUCGUUCCAGAACGGAGAGUGCGUCCGAGUCCAGGAGGACAUUGCUAGGUUGGAGUGUGGUAAAGGAUUUACCCUGCAUGAGGACAGGUGUGUGAAGGAGGUGACGGUCGCGGCGGAACUUCAGUGUCCGCCCGGUGCGACGUUGAUGAAAGACAAAUGCGCGAUUUUGACAAGCGAGAAACCUGCGGUUACGUGUCCAGAUAAGUUUAUAAUGGCGGACGGGGUGUGCAAAAGCGCAGACGUGCGACCUGCUGAGUUUGUCUGCCCCAAGGGCUAUACAAUGGACAGAGGCACUGGGGGCUGCGUCCGGUCUACCACAGCAAAACCUGCCCUUUCGUGUGAGCGUGGUGAACUGAAAAAAGGCGAGUGUUCGAUGAUCCAGACUGUUCCCGCAGAAACCGCCUGCAUCUUGGGCGGAGCGCUGACCCCUGACGGAUGUGUGUUCAUCGACACGGCGCCUCUCAGCCACCGAUGUGGUGCAAAUUUCAAAAUGGACAUCAAGGGUCAGUGCGCGACAGUCGAGACGAUCGACCCCGAACACAUUUGCCCCCCCGGCUUUGCUCCCUCCGGAACCAAAAAAGCCACAUGUGAAAGGUUUCUGACUUCACCGGCGGCGAUCAAGUGCCCUGCAGGCUUCGAGCCUGCCGGCACCAAGUGCAUGAAAACGGCGCGCAUCCAAGCCAUCGCCUCUUGCCCCCACGGGUUUGUUUUCCACGAAGGGGCGUGCAUCCCGUACAAAGCCAACGGCAAAAAGAAGCUCUAGGACGCGAAGAGCUGUCAGCUACCCUCCGAACUAUCUGUAUCUACAACAGUGUGCAAAUACACGGCAGGUGUCCAGUUUGUGUCUUUGGGGAGUUGAGUCCCGAAUCAAGCGUUUUUCGUGGAUCGCAUUUUCCUAAUAAUUGUCCCGGG